AUGCCCUUGCAAGAAGCCGCAGCACCAGCACCUGUCGCAGCAGGGCUCACUCCCCACCUCUGCAACAAGAAGUGGGACACGUUGUAUCCACCACAUGUAUUGGGUGAAGUCUUGAAGGAGAUAAAAAGGUCGAUGCAAAAGGACGAAACAGUAGUUUCUCAAGCACCAGCCACAGGGGAUAAUGAGGAAAAACAGCAGCGGCAGCAGAUAUUGGCCCAGCAGAUGAAGCAGCACCAUCAUAUCUCAGUGCAGACACAAACGGCCACACCUCCUACUCAGCCCACGCAGAUUGCGGAAGAGCGACAAGCUGCCGAUGGCGAGGAGCCUUUGGCGGCCCCUUGCGAGCAGCAGCAGCAAAUGCAGACGCAGCAGCAGCUGCUGCCGCUUCCGUUGCAGCAGCUGCAGCGGCAUGCACCUGUCCCACCUGAGAUGCACAGAAUCUCGGCCCGGGAAAUUGCAAAUGCCACCAUUCCUAUCUGGGAGUCCUCCACCAGCUCUACAGCUCUGCCUGCCGUUGCAGCCACCGCUACAGCAGCACCUGCAGGGUCAGGUGCCGGAGAUAGUCCGUGUGUCUUGGCAUUUCUUCCGGGAAUGUCCCAUGCAUAUUCGCCAACGUCUCAGGGAUCCACAGCAGCACCGCAGACACCGCAAGGCGAGCUAGGAUUUGAUGCAGCUGCUACCGCUGCCACCCCUGCGGCAGCAGCGAAGAACAGUGCUGUAAAACAAGGAGGCCUCCACCAAAGCCAGCAGCAGCCCCUGCCGUUUCUACCGCCGCAGCAUGGAGAUACGGCCAGGUCCAGUCUUGAGUUUAUUGAAUGGGGACGACACACAGCGAACACAGCGGAUCCUACAGCAGUGGUUGCCACGGCAGGAAACACACAAGAAUACCGAAGUCAAGACAGCAACGUGCUACAACUGCCCAAUGUGGAAACGCAGACUCCGUGCAGCACCAGCAGCCAAUGCGGCGAGGUUUCCCAUGGGGCUGCGUGCGUGGGUGACGAGAUUCCUGCGAAACCGUCAGACUCUUCCGUUGUUGCUGUGGCAGGGGCUGCUGGUGCACUUGAAACAGCAGCAGCAACGCCUGCAGCAGCACAUUGGCAAACAUCCUGGCCAGAUGAUCCUUUAGAUCAGUCUUUGUGUCGUAGUGGUAGCCUAUCACUCAGUAGCAGCUUGGGUGAGCCAACUAACCUUGAAGACUCGUUUUCUACUUCUGCAUCUGCUGCUCCAGCCACUCCAGCUGCUCGAAAUAACAAGGGAUCAAUAAGGACGUCUCCGGACGGAACGACAUUUACCUCGACAGCAAUUAGACCGGAAGUAAAGCUUUGUGGUGGGGCGCCUGGAGACGUUGCCGUAGCGGGAGGCCUUGAAGAAUCCAGAGAUUGGCCGCUACCCUGCACCACAGCAGACACAGCAGGAACGGCACUGCAAAACAGAGACACUGCUACACCUAUUGUAUCCUUGACAAGGCUUGAUCUUUGGCAAUCAACCGAUCAGCAAGAGCCGCAAGAGCAGCAACAGCAACAACCGCAGCAGCUCAAGCGGCAGCUUCUUUGUCCAGUUGAGAGCCAGCUCGCAUCAGCUUUUACAUGCUGGGGCCCGACUGAUGGUCAGCACCAACAACUUCAGCGUCAGCAACAAGAGAGGACUGCAUUCUACAGGGAGCUCGCAUCCAAACAGAAGCAUUUAAAGCAGCAUUUGCAACUCCCAAACAGGCAGCAGUCAGACCUGCCAGAAGAUUCGCUGGAGAUUUUCCGUUCGCAGCAGGACCCGAAACAGCAACAGCAGCAUCUGGAAGAGUUGCUGUUGCUUGGGCACCAAAUGCACCGUGAUAGCAGUCCUUGCGUCCAACAAGGGGCGGUGGCCCCCAGAUUGCAACAGCAGCAGGAAGAGCAGCAUCACGAGCAGCAGCAGGGGUGUCUGUGCAAGGGACGACAUGAGCCUGUCAAGCAGACUUCAGUCGCGAACUCAGCUAAACGGGCUUCUGUGUUGCUGCCGAGACUUCCGCCCUCUUUACCACCCUUGGCGCCAGGCUGGGAGCGUGCAUGCGAUCGAUCUCACCUCACGUCUUUGCUCAUAACUCUGCCUUUGAACCUGCCUUUUGGCCGAAUUUUGAAGUUCGGGUCGGGGGAUUCGAGCACUUCAGCUGUUUCAGCUGAAUUCACGAACAACAGCAGCAACACCAGCAGCCAAAGUCUAGGGGUAAAGAAAAGUUACUACAUCUUCUCACCGACGCUGCACCCUGCGGCUCACACGUUGUUUUCCCACGCUGGGGGCAUCUGCGACACCUUUGCGGCCUCCUUGCAAAUGGAGUUGGCAAUUAUAUACGUUCCAUGCCUAUUGGUUCCUCUUGUCGCUGCUGCCUUUAAUACGCUUGGACAACAGCUGCUCCCCCAGCUUCAUGAGCCUCUGAGACUCCGUUGUUGGGGCUUGCAGGAGAGAAAUGCGCCCGGUAGAUUUGGGGGAAAGGUUCUCACCGUGAGCUGCUCAGUGGAGGGUGUAAGUAAGAUCCCUUUUGUACUAAUAUGA